CCCAGCUCCCCGCGCAUGCCGGGAGCGGCGGCGCGGGCCCGGCCCCGUGUGGUGGCCGCGGGAAGGGCCGGGCCGGGACUGCCCGGGGGAAGCCCGGUGGCGGCUGGAGCCGGGCCCGGGGAUCCCCCGGCCGCGGGAUCGCCCCGAGGGAUCGCCCCGAGAGGCGGCACAGGAAAACACAUCCAUAGGAUGGAGUUAGAGCACCUGAGUAGGCUGCGUCAGGCCAACAAGGACCUUCUACAAAAGCUAAGAACGAAGCAGGAAGAGAUCAGAAAAAGUCUUCCCAGCAAGCCACUUAUUCCAGCAUCUCUUCCUAAUGUAGCAACUACGAAAAGAUCUGUCCCCUCGCCCAAGAGAGGGAAGGAAAAUCAAGUUGAUGCUGUGUCUACUCAACAUGAUCCUGCAACGUUGGUGUCUGUGGAACCCAGAGCUUAUGCAGCCAGAGCAGCCCUCUGUUCCUCACUCAAACGCAGCAGAAAUGACAGAGGGGUGCAGCAACAAAUGAAGGUGCAGGAAUUAGUAGGUUUGGAUUCCAGCUCUUCUGAUAAAGAGAAGAAUGUUAUGCCUGCGUCUGCAAUCGUUGCAUGUGGUAGAGAAACCUGCAGAGUGGAUAGGUAUGGCCAGGAUCAAGAAAGUGCAGAGAACGAAACUUUCCUUCUGGGACAUGGAGAGAACAAAAACCAGUCCACUCUUCCACAUGGUCUCAAUGAGAAAAAACAACCUAAGGCUCACUUGGACCUAUCACUGAACAAAAAACAAAGUGAAGAGACCAGCAAUGAGCCCAUAACCCCUAAAUCAAUCCUGCUGACAUCUCAAUCCAAAGAGUGGAAGAAGGAAGCUGCUCAUGUGACUUUUCAGUCUGAGCCUGAAGAAUAUGCCUUGCCUAUGAGUAGCUGGUCCGUGUGUCCAUUCCUGGGCUAUGACUGGAUUGCAGGGCUUCUAGAUACAGACUCUUCAGUAGCAGAAAAAUCUGAUCAAUAUUUUGCUGAGCUGCAUGAGUUCCGACAGGCCAACAAAGAAGCAUGUAUCCAUGAGCAGCACCUGGAGCCCAAGGCUCUGGAUUACAUAAUUCCUGAACAAGAACAAGAUUUGAUAACCAGUUCCCAUAAGUGUGUUUACUGUUACCGAUUAAACCAGCGCCUCUUCACUGUCCCUGUGGAUUCAGAAUCUGCCUGUCCCGUGUGUAAGAUGCCACGUGCCCACCAGCCCCCAGAGACACUGGAAGAGCCAACCUAUGUCAGGGUCAGCAUUCCUAGGUCUACUCUUCUGCCUGCCUACAAAUACAAAGCUCAUCGCAGGAAUAGCUUUGAACCAGCAGACAGUCUAGCGUUACCCUCGCAUUGCCUGGUUGGCUGGGAAAAUAUCAUCCCUUCCAGUAACUCCACACUCAGCAAUUUGGAUCUGCGAGCUUCACUGGAAGAGAAGCCUUCUCACCAUCCUCGCGUGAACUUGGUGUCCAGAGUGUCAGGAGGAACCAGAACUGACCAGCUUCUAAACCUGACCCGUUCAACACUCUUCAGAUUUAGCAAGGCUUCUCACAGAGGGAGCAAACCAAACCUGGACACUACAGAGCAGCUCCAGAUUUAAAUAGUACUACCUCAACUGUGAACCACUGACUUGUUUGCCUUGGGGAGGGGGUUGAGGUGGGGAGUGGACAAGUUAAUUUGGUUAAAAAUAAAUCUUGAACAAGAGAUUUUUUUC